UUAUUUGUUGUCGCCCGCAAGUCCCGUUUUUCUGUUUUCUUCGUCGAGUACGCCAAAAAAUGGUUAAAUAAAUAAUAAAAUGCGGUGCAGUAAGUGCAGAUAGCGUUAAAGUGAUUUCCAAACAUAUGGAAAGUGGACAGUUCUGUGAUGCUUGAGCGCGCGAGUGUUUGAAAGAAUGAGACAGUGUGGGGCUUCCGUGUCCCCAAACUAAAUGAAAUUCUUUUGUGUUUGACUCAUAAAAUUCAUAAAAAUUCAAUUGAAUUGUUGCUAAGGCUUUAAUUUGAUUGCCAGAGCCGGGAACUUAAAAAAAGCCGGUUUGAAAGCAUCGUUAGUAGGGAAGACUAAACUAAAUCGGGACUACUUAACAGUUAGUCGGAGAUCUACCACUUAACUUUGAAUUCCGAUUCGCGCGCGAUUGGUAGUUUUUUUUAGAGAAAGAUUUUAAGCAGAUUGAAGAAACAACGUGAAAUUUGCGCGUGUGCGGGUGGAACAGUGACAUUUUUCGGCGAGCGUGUGAAAAUCGCCAAGAAAACGGCAAAGUGAAGAGCAAAGAAGAAAAAGAAAACCGCCUGCGGCGAAAAUUGCUUCCCCUCGUUGACGCGUGUGUGUGUUCGUUUGUGCGACCGCCUCUGUGUCUGUGGGUGUGCAAAACGGGAAAAAAUUGGAAUGUAAUAUUUGCACACAAGUAAAAAUCAAACAAAAAUUUCAAAAAAGAAGAGUUGAGUAUUUUCUGUGUUUCUGUGUGUGUGUGAUAAAUGAUUGGGCGGCGGCAGGCAAAAGUCAAUCAACGAUAAGCGUCGCGUCGCUGAGAAGGAGGAGAAGAAGCGGACUAAACCUAAACUGGACACAGAAUCGAACCGCAUGUAGCGCACAAUAACAACAGAGCCCAUAAGCAAAGGGAAUACAAAUUUUAAUACCAUUGGAUUUUGAACAUGAACAAAAAUGCCGGCGAUGGCAGCGGCAACGACGGCAAAAACUCAAACAAUCAUGGCAAGGGCGGCGGGGGCUCCAACGCGGGUGGGGGAGCCGGAGCCGGUAAUCCACACGAUCCCACCGGACUCCUAGAUGCCGCCUCGCUAUUUGCUUACUGGGGCCGGGAUCCCACUGGAGCUGCGGCUGCAGCUGCCUCCAAUCCGCUGUUCAACUCACAAUUCAAUGCAGCCGCCGCAGCUGGCUUGGGCCUUCUACCGCAAACAAGUGGCGGCUCUGCCAACGAUCGCUACUCGAUGGCCGCUGCAGCGGCGGCAGCAGCAGGAGCCCAUCAUCACCAGAACACCAUGGCAGUGGCUGCCUCGCAGGCCGCCAGUUUGGCAGGUCUGCAUCCAGCAAGCUGGUGGUCGAUGGCACAGCUGGCAGCACAGGACUAUUUCAGUCGCCUGCAGGCGUCCGGCCUCUCACCAUUCCCGCAUCCAGACCUGGCGGCAGCCUUCGGGCCGGCAGCCAUGGGAAUGGGCGCCACAGGAGCAGGAGGCAAUGGUGGCGGUGGCAAUGGCAGCGUAAUGGGUUCGGGUGCAGGCAGCGGAUCAGCUGUCGGUGGCGGCAAUGGCGGUGGCGGCGGCUCAUCCAGCUCCUCGGGCAGCAAGUCCAACAAGUCGCGCAAGGAGAAGCGAGCGGCGCAGCAGCAACAGCAGCAGCAGCAGCAGAGCCUGGCCAACAGCCUGAAUGCGGCGGCGGCAGCGGCUGCAGCAGCUGCGGCCAACAAUCCAGCAGCAGCCCUCGCCAGCAUGCACGGAUUCGGAGUGCCAGGAUCGGUGGCUGUGAGCACGGGCAGCGGCUCGAUUUCCACCAGCAGCGGAGGCGGUCACGGAGGAUACAAGAGCACGGCCAGUGCGUAUGGUAAGCCCUCGACGAUGACGAGCAACAGCAUGGCGAGCAAUCCGAGCUCCGCCUACGAUCCUGUGACCCUGCACAAGGAGCUGAUGGCCAUGCAGGCUGUGGCAGCUGCCGCCUCAGGAUCGGGCGGCGGCUCGGGCAGCGGCUCGUCGAGCAAGAAGUCUGGCGGCAGUUCCUCCUCAAUGCACGGCCACGGACUGUCCGGCCUGGGCAUGGGUGGCGGUGGCAACGGUGGCCUCAUGUCCGGCAGCAAGGCGUCGUCGACGAAUGUCAGCUCCAGCAAUGCAUCGCUGGGUGGCAUGCACCCCAGCCUGGGCAGUUCCAAUCCGCUCAUGUCGCCGCAUGGCAUGGGCGGCGGCUCAUCGUCGUCUUCGGGGUCCGGCAAGGAUCGCGACAAGAACAAUCCCUCGCUGAAUGCCCUCAACUCGUUGUCGCAAUUCGGGGCCCUGGGCAUGACGCCACAGCAGAGCAUGCAGGCGGCAAUGAAUGCAUUUGCGGCCAGCACGGGUGUGGUGCCCAGUGCCACAGUCACAUCAUCGUCGUCGUCGUCGUCGCAGCAUCACAAUUCCUCCCAGCAGCAGCAGCAGCAGCAACAGUCGGGCAUCAGUUCAACGGGUGGAUCAUCGGGUGGCAAGGGGGGAAAUGGUGCAAAGGAUUACAUGAGUGCAGCAGCGGGAAUGAUGAGCGGCAGUGGCAGCAGCGAGCAUCCUUCAUUGCUGGGCGUUCGCCUGCCACCGGAUACCGAGAUUAUCAAGUAUACGUCAUCGAUUGUGGGCCCCAAAAUACCUGGUCUCAGUCCCGCUAAACGGGCUAGACUCGAAAUGGAGUACGCGGCAAUGGCAGCAGCCCAGCAGCAGCAACAGCAACAGCAGCAACAACAUCACCAGCAGCAGCAACAGCAGGCGGCAGCAGCUGCAGUGGCAGCAGCCGGUGGACUUCAUGGCAUGCUCGGUGCCGCUGGCAUGCCAAUGGCCGGUCUGUCCGGCCUCACGGGCAUGUCCAAUCCGCUGGAUCAGCUGAGUGUCACCAAGUCCAGCGCCUCGACGGUGACCAGCAAUGCCAACUCUUCCGCAUCCUCGAUGGCUGGCGGCCACGGUCAUGGCCAUGGCCAGGGCUCAUCCAGCGAUCGGGUGGAGGUGAUCAAGCUGCCGCCAACCAUCACCUCGAACGGUGCCUACAAUCUGUCCAGCAAGGGCAAGGAGGUGCACGAUCUGACCAGCGAUCAUGCGCCCACCGGCUCGGGUGGCGUUAAUCUCAGUUUGAAGUCGAGUUCGCAGCCCGCCGCUGCCUCUACGGCCACUGGGGCCGUAGGCUCUGCCUCGAAUCCCAUCACCAUCGAUGAUUUCGAUGCGCCGCUUAAUCUGUCCAUGAAGCCCUCGGACAAGAGCAGCAGCAGCGCCACAGCGGCAGCGUCCACUUCCUCCAGCUCGGCGCUGGCCAACAUGGCCAGUGAGUAUCAGGCGGCUGCCCAGGGCGGCAACGGCGCCAACAGCCUGCAGAGUCUCAGUUCCAUAACGGCAGCGCUCGGAGGCAGCAGCGGCGGUGGCAUGCCGGGUGGCUCCAUUUCGGGCAGUGGCGAUACAUCGCCGGCACCACAACUCGGCGGCAGUGGCUCGACUGGAGGAAAUACCUCGGGUGGCGGAGGUGGCGGUGGUUCCUCCUCGUACAAGGAGGGGCGUCCGCGCAAUCUAGGACGUGGCGUGUCCAAGCCCAAAAAGAAUACGGUGGCCUCCCUGCUGGCCCAGUCGCGGGCAGUGGGCCUCAAACCGAUGCUGGCCACCCAACAGUUGCUGCAGCAAGGAGCAGAUAUUGAAAAGAUACGCCUGGCAUUGAGCGAGGCGAAUGCGCACAUGGAAACAUCAACGGACUCGGAGAGCAUGGCCGCCGAGAGCGGUCUGUCGGAGUCGGAGAGCGAGGAUGCCAACAUACACAAUGUGUCGGAGCUGCGAGUGCCCCUGGAUAUGGGCUGGAAGCGGGACACCGUCAUCCGGGGUCUCACCAAGCUGGGACAGAUCCGUGGCGAGGUCACCUACUAUGCACCGGGCAGUGUGGCGCCCCUGAAGACCAUUGGACAGGUUUUUGCUAUCCUGGAGCAGCAGCCAUCGAAUCUGACGCGUGAGAACUUUAGCUUCUCCGCGCGUGCCAUUGUGGGCUCGUUUCUGCAGCCAGCACCGCCGCCGUACGCCAACGAUGGCGAGUACAUACGCAUGACGGACGAGGAUGUGGCCAAGCGGCUGGAGGAUCUAAAGGUGUUCACACGCCAGACCCUCAAUGUGGAGCAGCGUAUCGAGAUUGCCAAGCAGCAGCAGGCGAUGCGCGAUGCCAAGAAGCUGCAGAAGGAAGAGCUGGCGCGCAACAAGGAGAAGGCGCGCCAGGAGAAGAACGCUAAGCUCGAGCAGCAGCGCAAGGAGAAGGAGAUGAAGAAUCAGCAGGCCAUCGAGGAGCGCAAGAAGCGGCAGGAGGAGCUCGAUCGUCUCAAGCAGGAGGAGCUGCUCAAGAAGCAACAGGAGAAGGAGAAGCGUCGUCAGGAAGCGAUUUUAGCAAAGGAACAGGAACUGCAAAAGCAAAAGGAACUGCUGCUGGCUGCUGAAAUGGAACGCGAACGUCGACGGCAGCACAUGAACCUCAUACGAAUGCUGGAGGUGCGUCGCAAGUUUGAGGAGCGGGAGAAGAAGAAACACCAACUGGUGCUGGAUCGCCUGAUAUUGCGCGAACGUCGUAUGGCCGAGCGGAAGCGUGACGCGGAGAUACUGCAGCUAAUACGUCGCCCCAACGAGGACUCGGAAAUGCUGCAGGAGAUGGCGGUGCCGGAGCUGGAGCGUAUUGCCGGCAAUCGAUUGCCGGGCCAGGCGAUGGCCGAUCUGCUGAUGGUCUUUGAGUUCUUGCACAACUUUGGCGAGACUUUGGGCUUCGACAUGGAGUCGCUGCCAUCGCUGCAGAAUCUCCACGAUGCCCUCAUCAGUGACAGCAAUGCGGAUGCCGAGGAGGAGCUGCUGUCGGUGAUGACGCACCUGCUGGUGUGUGCCAUCGAAGAUCCCGGUGUGCCCAAUCCCGGACGCCACACAACGCUGCUGGGCCAGUCGCUUCGCAACGCGGACAUCACCAACUCGAAUGUGUCGGAGAUUCUGCGCAUCUAUCUGUACGCCACGGCCACCGGCGAGGUGCGACAAAUGCACGGCAUCACAGUGGACAGAGAGCGGGAGCGACGGGUGCCCGACCACCAUCAGGUGGACUCUGACACCACCACCCAUUCGGCCAAGAAUCAGGAGUACUACAAGCUGCUGCACGAGAACGACACCUGGAAGCUGUCGUACGCCCUCAAGGAUCGUCCCUUUGUGGCGCUGAAUCCGACGCGCAAGGCCCAGAUGUUGGCCCACCUGUGCAACGAUCUGCUGAUGAACAAGGCGGUGCUGCGGCAGAUUGACGGCAGCCUGGAGACCUGCGCCCAGAUGCGCAAGGAGAAGUACAUGACGGACAUGAAGGUGCGCAAGUACAAGGCGCUGCACAUGCGCAAGGCACGCAUCGAGGCGUACGAGAAGGCGCAGGCGGAAAGGGAGGCUGCCAUGCAUGCGCUCAUGGCACAGCAGAAGCUGGACGCAGAGCGGCUGGCCCAGGCACAGGCAAAGCAGGCCGAAGCGGAGGCGGCAGCGGAGGCCAUGCAGGCAGCGGCAGCAGCAGAGGGUGGCGACACGCCCAAGACAGCAGACAGCGAGGAAGGAGGAGGACAACCUGCUGUCGAUACAAACAACGGGGAAGCCGGCAAGGAGCAGGAGGAUGGCAAGGAACUGGCACAGCCCAUGGACGUGGAUGGUGUGGAUUGUUCGGCCAGCAUUCGGGAGGAUGCCACCGCCGCCGCCACCGCCACAGCCGCUGCACUACACAUGGGCGUUGACUCCUCCUCGCUGGUGAGUCCCGCCAAGAGUUGCAUCUCAUCUGUGGAUUGUCUUACGCCCGGCAAGGACUUUGCCACACCCACACCGACACAGACGCAGACACCGACACCCACCUAUCAGCAGAAUGGUUCGAGUACGCCCAUAACGAUUGCGGGGGUGGCUGGCGCGACGGAAGGCGGCAACAUGAGCGCCCUGAUGCAGGCCAAAAAGAGCGGCGCCCGCAACUCCCUCAACGAGGAUGGCCACAACGAUGUGAGCAUCAUUGAGGACGAUCUCUCCGACCUGGACUCGGAGAUCACCAAUGUGGAGGAGGACGAGGACAAUCGCCUGAGUGCCGAUGAGCUGCAAAAGAAGCUGGACAAGAUCGUGCGCGCUUCCCUCAACUGCAAGGAGGCGCUGGAGAAGAGCACCAAUCAGCUGCGUGCCGCCUGCUUUGGUCAGGAUCGUUUCUGGCGACGCUACUGGAAGCUGCCCAAGGCCGGUGGCAUCUUCAUCGAGGCUUUGGAAUCGGCCCAGAACGACAUCUGUGACUAUCACGAGGCACUGGAGAACAUGGACGAGAAGCAGCUGCAGCAGAAGCAGAAGCAGAAUCAGAUUGAUGAUGUAUCCAGAGACCAGGAGGCAGAGCCAGAGACUGAGACAGCAGUGCAGGAGACGGCAACAGCGACGGAGACGGAGCCGGCGGCAGUGCAGCCCAUGGAGGUGGAUGAAAUCCACACAGAGGUGGAUGCAGCUGCAGCCACAGCAGCACCGGCUGAGGAGCAUGAGCCAGAACGGAAGCCACAGCAGGAGGAUGCAGAGGAUGGGGCGGAGGAGGACGAAGAUGAUGAGGUCACCGAAGUGAACAAAAUCGAACCGGAGAUUGUGGAUCUGGGCGAUGAUGACGAUGAGGACGAGAACGAUGCGGGUGCAGUGCCAACUCUGCCCAAGAUCGAGCCAGCCAGACCCGAAAUUAAGGUCAAGUCGGAAAUGGAGCUAAUGGGUCCGCCCACCACGAUGAUAUCCACCAAAACGGACUUUGAGGCUGAGAUCAAGAUACCCUCGAUGCCUGGCCACAUGAUUCCCACACUCAACAACAACAGCAUCAACAACAACAACGGCAACAACAACAGCAUUGGCAACGACAGCAGCAGCAACUGUGAUAAGUUGGAGGGAGUGGGAGGCAUGGGAUUGGGCAUGGCACAGGCAUAUGGCCAGAAUCUCAUCACAUCUUCGGCCAUCAAAAUGGAGGAUCUGAAGAAGGAGACAGCCGACGAUUGCAUCAUUGUGUCCACCACCAGCGGAGAUGACACGCCCAAAUGGUUCUCGAUUGUGCAGCGCGAGGUGCCGCUGAUCAGCGAACUGCCCGCGGAUGAGGGCGGUUCGGUUGCCCAGGAACUGCAGUGGGGCUAUGCGAAUCAGAACUGCUAUGCACAGCUGCAGCUGCAGGGCCAUCCGUGGGAUCUGAUCAACAAUGUGCAGUACUAUUCCAUACCCAUGGAGGAGUGCAAGGUGGAUCCGAGUAAGCUGGCGCAGGAGUGCAUCUUCUCGCUGAGCGGCCUGGACGAGCGGCAGAUGCAGGCCAAGCUGGAGGAGUAUGAGGCCAAGAUUAAGUUCAAGUGCACAGUGCCAAAAAACGGUCUGGAGUCUCCUCAUCGCCCCCUCGUGACGAACGAUGAUGAGGAGCAGGAGAUCAAGUUGAAGCCGGAUGCAGACAGCGAUGGACACAUGGACGUGGAUGCCGAUGCCGAUGCAGAUGCUGAAGCAGAUGCAGACCCAGAUGCGGAUGCCGAAACAGAUGCUGAUGCGGAGGCAGAUGCCGAGGCGGAUGCGGAUGCGGAGAAGGAGCAAGCCGGCAAGGACAAGUUUUUUCGAUUGCGCACUGAUGUCCCCCCGGACACGGGAGGGGGAGGAGGGGCCGUGGAGGACGCAACAGAUGCCCCAGAGCUAAAGCCGAAGAUUGAGCUGCGUCUGGAUGAGGCACUGUCACAGGCCUACUACCACAACAUUGCCAACAUGUCGCUGAGCAGUGUCCAAACGUACAUACCCAUCGACAUACCCUUGCCCCUGUCCAUGACGCCCGACGAGCACCGGCUCCUCGAGCAGGUGAAGCUCUCCGGCUUCCCCGACAAGGUGCACGGCGUCUAUGUGCCGCGUCGCCAGCGCUACGGCUGGUGGCAGCUCGACGACGAGCAGAAGCUGCGCCAGUUUCUGAAGACGCUGAAUCCGUCAGGGCUGCGGGAGCGCGAACUGCAGGAGAACCUGACGCGCUUCCUCACCCUCGAGCAGCCACUGGGCGUCAACUAUCAGCUGCAGCCGCUGGAAGCCCACAUGGUGGAGUACCUGCUGCCGGAUGGGCCACACGACUGGAACCCCAAGGUGGCCAAGCGCGUGGAAUUGGCGCUGCUCGAACAGUUGGAGUCGCUGGAGGACAAGGUGGCCAGCGCCUCCAUGCAGUUGAAGAACUGGCAGGUGCCCAAUCGCGUCGAGAGCGAGCUGAGCCUGCCGGAGCCGGAGGAGGUCAGCGAGGAGGACUUUAUCAGCAUCAUUCCCAUGAUCCGUGAGCGGAUAAUCGAUCUGGAGGCCAACAUUGAGCGGCGCUACCUCAAGCCGCCGCUCGGCUCCCAGACGGGUGACGCCCACCUGGCCGUGAUUGCCCAGAACCAGCACACCUCCACACAGACCCAGAACUCAGCAUCCGCAGCGGCCUAUCUACUCCAGAUGCAGCAGCAGCAGCAGCAGCAGCAACAGCUGGUUCAGCAGCAGCAACAACAGCAGCAGCAACAGCAGCAGCAGCCGGGAGGAAACAGCCUCAAUCCCUCGUCCUUCAACGAGCGCACCAUGGCCCUGGCAGCUGCCGCAGCGGCUGCAGCGCCCAGCUCCGGCAACGCUUCUGGCUGUCCGGGUGAAUCCGGCAGCGUGGAGCCCGUCUCGGGCAAUGUCUCGCCCGCAAGCAACUGCGACAGCGACAGGGACGAGAAGGUGGAGAAUAUACCCAAGGGAUUGGUACAAUGGCGAGAUGCAGUCGCUCGGUCCCACACCACAGCACAGCUGGCCAUGGCCCUCUACGUGCUGGAGUCCUGUGUGGCGUGGGACAAGAGCAUCAUGAAAGCGUAUGCAACAAGAAGCAAGUCGAGCAAGAAGAGCAGCGCCAAGAUGCAACCAACACCCAACACAAACUACAAGAAGCAGCAGAAGAAGAGCAAGAAGAAGAAACAAUCUACGCCACAGAAAGCGAAUAAAAAGGAAGCACUGCCACCACCACCGACACCCCCAAAGCAACAAAAGCAAAAGGAACCACAACAGCAGCCACUGAGCAUUAAAAUCAAUCUAAAAGCCCUGGCCAAGGCAGCCCAAAACGGACAAGACGCCAAUACACAAUCCCCCAGCGACGACGACGACGACGACUCCCACACGGACAAUGACUCGGCAACCCUCCCAAACCCGACAAAAACAACAACAACAACAACAACAACAACAAAACGCAAACGUCGACGCUCGGCCACAACCACAAACUCUAGCAAAUAUUCGAAUUCCUUCCAGAAUUGCCAAUUCUGCACCUCGGGCGAGAACGAGGACAAGCUGCUCCUGUGCGAUGGCUGCGACAAGGGCUACCACACGUAUUGCUUCAAGCCCAAAAUGGACAACAUACCCGAUGGCGACUGGUACUGCUACGAGUGCGUCAACAAAGCCACCAAUGAGCGCAAAUGCAUCGUUUGCGGCGGCCAUCGUCCUUCGCCGGUGGGCAAGAUGAUCUACUGCGAUCUGUGUCCGCGAGCCUAUCACGCCGACUGCUACAUCCCACCGCUGCUGAAGGUGCCGCGCGGCAAGUGGUACUGCCACGGCUGCAUUGCACGUGCACCGCCGCCCAAGAAGCGCAGUGGCGGCAGCAGCAGCAGCAGCAGCAAGUCGCGUCGCGAUCGCGAUGCCAGCACGGCGGCCAAGCGGCGCAACGAGAAGCCGCUGCCUGGGCCAGGCGGUGCCGCCAGCAUGGAGCAUUUGCCCCAAAUGGGCGGUGGGGACUCGCAGCAGCUGCAACAGUCGCUGAAUUCGUCACACGAUGAGUCAAUGACAUCACUGCCGCCGCCUUUGAGUCCGGCGCAUUCGGUUGCCUCGGCCACGUUCGAAGAUCAGCACCACACAAACUCCAUCGACAGCAGCCGCUUCCAGGCGCAUCUAGGCAACAACAACAACGGUGCCGUGCCACUGCCCGAGGAUGUGGCUAUUGUUGCGACCGGCUUCCCGGUCUAUCCGCCACCCAGCGCCUUUGCCGCUGGUCUGGUAAGUCCCGCAGGAGCCACAGUUCUGCCCGUACUUCCCCAUGCACCGAUGCAGUUUGGCAACGUGGCCAUGUCGCCGCGUGCUGUGACACCCACACGAACACCGACGCCGACACCAGCGCCAACUCCACCACCACCAGGGCCGCUGCAUCCGCCUGUGCCCACAGCGACAACACCGCUGCUUAUGCAGGCUUCGCCGACAGCGCUAAACGCCAUUUGCCAGUCGCCGCCGCAGCAGCAACAUCAGCAGCCGAUGACCAUGCCUUCGCCGCGUGCCUGCACACCCACACCACCCGCAGUGAGUGUGGGCUCGGGAGUAACGCAAAUGUCACCGCCGCCCAUCAACAUACACGCCAUACAGGAGGCCAAGGAGAAGCUAAAGCAGGAGAAGAAGGAGAAGCAUGCGACCAAGAAGCUCAUGAAGGAGUUGGCCGUCUGCAAGACCCUCCUGGCCGAAAUGGAGCUUCACGAGGAUUCGUGGCCGUUUCUGUUGCCCGUGAACACCAAACAGUUUCCCACAUAUCGCAAGAUAAUCAAAUCGCCCAUGGACCUCUCCACCAUUAAGAAGAAACUUCAUGAUUUGAGCUACAAGGGACGUGAGGACUUUUGCGUGGAUGUGCGGCAGAUCUUUGACAAUUGUGAAAUGUUCAAUGAGGAUGACUCGCCCGUGGGCAAGGCGGGGCAUGGCAUGCGCAAGUUCUUCGAGUCUCGCUGGACAGAGUUGACCGAGAAGCACUCCUGAUCGUAUCCACAGCUUCAGCUUGCCAGCGGCAGCUCUACACCGGAUCCCAUAGAAGUAGUGAUAGCAGCGGUGGAACCAACCGCUGAAGCAGCACAGUUUCGGACAAGAGAUUAGCAUUACGCGUAGAGAAGAGUAGAAGCAGCAGAAGGAAUACAAUUGUAUAUAGAUAGAGGGGAUAGCGAUUCGGGUUUAGUCGUAGUCUACAAGCAGAAGCACACACACACACAAAAAAGCAUUAAUAUAUAUAUUUAUAUAUAGUACGAGUAGAUAUUAAAUAUUCUAUGUAUAACCCACGUGAGCCCCACGUCCUACAUUGUUCGACGAGGCCUUUGCAAGAGGUCCUCUCAUGUAGCCAACAGGAACAGCGCGCACCCAGCAGCGUGCCAGCAGUGAAGCAGUAUAAACCAUAACUAUUAGCCAACAUAAUCGAGCAGCUCCUAACUAUAGUUAAACGUUUAAGAAGCCAUCCACAGUACAGCACAGACGACUCUGACAAAAUAAGAAACGUACAAAAACUGUGUCCCCAAUCAAUCCUCCCUCCUCUUUCCCACCAUCCCAAAAUCAAUCAAUCGAUCCGACAUUAUUUUAACAACAGUAUUUUGUGCACAAAGCUCUGUGUCUCGGCUUUGUUUUACACAUUUCUAAACACGUAAUAAGAAAAGAAAGUAUCAUUUAAAUUGUAAUUUUAAACACUUAAUUUAAAUGCUAAUUGUAAUUGAAAUUGUUUGUGUUUACAAUUGAAAGCAUCAUCAACGAAGCGCUCAUUUAAGUUUUAACGUGUAUUACUGUACUUAUAGCCACUCCGACAAUUGUAUUUAAACAUAUACAUACAUAAAUACAUAUAUAUAUAUUAGCAUUAACAAUUAACUGGCGCAAGAGCGGACUCAAAUAUACUCAAAGGGAUGUCUCUCCACGAACGUCACAGAGAUCGUUCGAACCAUCCAUCGAUCGAGCGAGUUGUAAAUGUGAAACGAUGGGCAGACCUACAAUUAAAUGUAAUUAAACGUAUUAAAUUAUUUACUCUGUGUACAUUUCUCCACAAUGUAGUUGGCAUUUUUAAUCGCAACUUUUGGCAAAUCGCAAACGAAAAUUUGAAAUUCAAAAUACAAAAUACCAAACAAAAGUAAAACAUUAAUCAAGUCGAUGAAUGAAUGAACAAAUGGAGGGAGUGAGAGAGGCCCCUUGCUGAUGCAACUCCAGAUGCGAAAAACGAGAACUAGAAGGGUAGAAUCAGAUGCGAGUUUUAGCUGUAGAUAGUCCCAUGACCCCCCAAAAAAUGAUGUAAGAUCCGCACGAGCCUAGCAUAUAGUCAUAUCCCAGCCGUUGUUGGGGGUUGCAUUAUGUGAAUUAUGAAUGUUAAAUGUACAUUUUACAUAUGUGCAUAUGUAUAUGUAGUAUUAUGUACACACAGAAAACACAACAGACAAAAGUUAGCUAAAGUUCAAUCAUAUUUACACGAAUUACAAAACAUUUUUUGAAUAAAUCAAACUCAUUUGCAGUGCAGCACAAUAAUGGAAUGAAAUUGAACAAAGCGAAAUAUUUUAAAUGGAUUAAAUACGAUGACGAGUUUAUGGGGUGUGAAAAGAUAGACAGUUUUGCCGCUUUAACAAUAAACCGAACCCA